GAUCCUCUCGUCUGGUGUGUUCCUCUUGUUGUUUUCAAGCGUUUGUUGGUUGGUUUGCGGAGGGUCAUCUCCUCCGAUUCCAAGCGUCUGCCUUUCCCCAAUUUCUCUCUGUGUUCCUCGUUUGAGCCAUUUCUCUCCGCCCUCUUCUCUGAGCUUGGAACGGUGCUGAUAGUUUCUCCUCUUUUGAUUUCUUCCGUGCGUGUGCGUAUCAGAUCUCACAGAAGACGCCGGAAGCGAGGCAGAUAGAUACACAGCUCCAUGUCGCCUCCGUGACCUGGACUGGUCGGUCACCUGAGUCCAACAAAGGAAGGUAGCUACAGCACAACCUGCUGAUCGAGUGAGCCAAAGAGGCAAGGAAGCUAGGGGGGGGGGGGGGUAAGCAAGCUGCUGGUCUGUGUUGUUUUCUUGCGAUGGCGGCCGCCUCAUCCGUGCCCUUCUUUGGGCUCGGCGACACGCAGAUGCAGCCACAAGGUUCGUCGCUGCAGCAAAACUCCGCACCCACUCCUGCCGCCGCCGCCGCCGCGCCGAAGAAGAAGAGGAACCAGCCAAGCAAUCCAAGCCCCGAUGCGGAGGUGAUCGCGCUGUCCCCGCGGACGCUGCUAGCGACGAACCGCUUCGUGUGCGAGGUGUGCAACAAGGGGUUCCCGCGGGAGCAGAACCUGCAGCUGCACCGGCGCGGGCACAACCUGCCGUGGAAGCUGAAGCAGAAGAAUCCCAAGGAGGCGCGGCGGCGGGUGUACCUGUGCCCGGAGCCGACGUGCGUGCACCACGACCCGUCCCGGGCGCUGGGCGACCUCACGGGGAUCAAGAAGCACUACAGCCGCAAGCACGGCGAGAAGAAGUGGAAGUGCGACAAGUGCAACAAACGCUACGCCGUGCAGUCCGACUGGAAGGCGCACUCCAAGACCUGCGGCACCCGCGAGUACCGAUGCGACUGUGGCACACUCUUCUCCAGGAGGGACAGCUUCAUCACCCACCGCGCUUUCUGCGACGCGCUGGCUCGUGAGAGCGCGCAGAUGCCACCCUUGGGCGCCGGCCUCUACGUCGGCUCCUGCAGCAUGGCCCUCGGGCUCUCCGGCGCGGCCCCGCAGAUGCCUGCCUUUGCAGACCAAGCAGAGUCCUCUUCAGCAGCAGCAGCAGCAACCGCGCAGUUCAAUCACAUCAUGCCAUCGUCCUCGGGCUCCUCCAUGUUUCGCUCUCAGGCGUCGGCCUCCUCGUCGUUCUUCCUCGGCGGCAGCGGCGCUCCUUCUCCCGCCCAGAACUUCUCCGAGGACGGUGACCACUCCCAGGGCGGCCAGGGCUCUCUGCUCCACGGCAAGCCGGCCUUCCACGGCCUGAUGCAAGUGCAACUCCCCGAGCAGCACCAGCAACCGGAAAGCAACGGUAACCUCCUGAACCUUGGGUUCUUCUCUGGCAACAGCAGCGGCGCGGCCCGCGGCCAGGACGAGCACCUUGUCUUCCUAGACCAGCUCAACGGCAGCGGCGGCAGCAGCAACGCUGGGCAGGGUAGCGUGAUCUCGUCCCUGGGGAACCACCUCAGCUGCAGCUUCCCUUCCCUGUACAACACAUCUGUGUCGGCCGGCCUGCCGCAGAACUCAGCGACGGCGCUCCUACUCAAGGCGGCUCAGAUGGGCUCGACAUCGAGCAGCCAAAACGGUCCGAGCGUGCUGCUCCGUGCCGCCGGCUUCGGUGCCGGUGGUCAUCAGGGGGAUAGCAGGGCUGCAGGAGAAAGGACGGCGCACGAAACGCACUUCCAUGACCUCAUCAUGAAUUCUCUGGCGGGCGGCGGCGGCGGCUUCUCCGGUGCCGCAGGUUUCGGGGGCGUGGACGACGGCAAGCUGAGCACAAGGGACUUCCUCGGCGUCGGCAGGGGCUCGGCUAUGGCUCCGCCCGGGCUCCACAUCGGUGCACUGGACCCGGCCCAGAUGAAGUGAUCGAUCAGAGAAUGAACGACAAACAAAAUAAGAACAUGCAAGAAGUCAAUAAACAGAAGAGCAUGCACGUGCAUGCAAGGUAAGGUAGUGAUCAAGGGAGAGAUCGAGGAGUGUUAAGUACUUAAGUCUAUGAACUCAAGUGAACUUAAUCUAGUUUUGUUCAUGCAACUUAGUUAAUUUAUGUGUUCUUCAUGCGUUAAUGGGUAGCACUGUAGUCGAUCUAGCCAGGGCUGCGACUUGAUUUUGUUAUUCGUACAAUUUCGUAGUGUUUUCAUGUGCUUGAUUUUGCCUGGAGAUGGUCUCCCUUGAUGUCAA